AUGAUGAGGAAGACGACGUUCAAGGGAGCGAAUGUGUUCAUGUCUAGGAAUUUAGUGCCGCCUGAGAUAUUCGCUUCGCUUCACGACGUUUUGAAAGAUAAUGGAGCUGAGAUCUUCCUGUGUUGUGAUCCUUCCCGGAAUGGACCUGAUGAUUACCACAUUAUCUCCUCUCGAGAUCAUGAAAAGUUCAAUGAUCUGCGCCAGAAAGGUUGUAAUUUGAUUGGUCCUCAAUGUGUUUUUUCGUGUGCAAAAGAGAAUAGAGUGCUGCCAAAACAAGGAUUCACAUGUUGCCUUGCAAUGGACGGAGUUAAUAUACUGACAUCUGGCUUUGAAAAGGAGGGAAAGGAUGAGCUUGACAAGUUAGUGACUGCUAUGGGAGGUUUGUUGCAAACUAAAGCAUCAAUGGACAUUAACUUUGUCAUUGUGAAGAAUGUACUAGCUGCAAAAUAUAAGUGGGCUUUGAACACUUUGAAGAAACCAAUUGUCUCUGAGAGUUGGCUGCACCAGUGCUGGAAAGAGCACCGUGUUGUUCCUCAUGACUCAUACAGAGUUCUUCCAUUUUCUGGGCUGACAAUUAGCGUCACCCAAGUGCCUUUAGAUGCGCGUAAGGAGAUAGAAAAGCUUGUCAUACAGAAUGGGGGCAAAUAUUCUGCUGAACUCACAAGAAAGAGUGACAAAUACAAGGUUGCAAAAAGAUGGGGUCACAUUCGUAUUGUUACUAGAACAUGGUUCGAUCAGUCUGUUGCUAGAAGAGCAUGUUUGAAUGAGGAUUCAUAUCCUGUCCAGAGAAGUCCUGGCACAUCUAUGAAUAGUCAGAGGACUUCCUUAAAGAGGCAACACAGCCAAGAGAAAGUUAUCAGAAACUCACAGGGUGCUCCAAUUUCCAUAACCCAUCAAGAGAUUUCAUGUGAUGGGAUGGCAGAUGCUGAUCUGGAAGCAACUCUCUCACAGAAUAUGGCCUCUACUUGCUCAGACAUUCCUGGUAUAAUUAGUGAGGAGAAGACAACUCCUACCAUACAGCCUAAAACUUGUAUGGACAUUGAUGGUUGUGUUGCUGAAGAUUCUCAAUCUGAAGGCAACGAUUUGUACUUUUUGAAUUGCAAAAUUCAUCUUGUUGGUUUUGAUGCUCCUGAAAUGCGUCGAUUGGUGAACAUGGUUCGAAGAGGAAGUGGUUCUCGUUAUAUGUCUCUUAAUGAUCAGUUAACACACAUUGUUGUUGGAACUCCCUCCGAAACUGAGAAGAAAGAGGUAAGGAGCCUUUCUGCUAUGGGUGUCAUCAAUGUGGUAAAAACAGUAUGGCUUGAAGAUUGUGAACGUGAAAAGAAAGAACUUCCUGUACUUCGGAGACACGUUGCUUAUGAUUUGCUCCUCCCAAAAGAUUCCUUGCCCUUUAAUAAGGGAUUUGUGAGUGCCAUUCCUGGUCUGAAACCAGGAAACACCUCCACCGUUCAACCACCUUUGCGAAAUGAUCAGUCUCAAAGUCAAAGUUUGGAUAAGGGCCAACAGAAAGUGCAGCAUGGCAUCAACAAUGAAAAGCAGAACAAUAAGUCGAGUGUAUUUAGAGGGCGAUCAUUUCGCUUUUCCAGUACCUUCCCUGAUGUUCAAAGAGGUGAAAUAGUUGACUGGAUUCAUGAAGGGGGUGGGAAGGUGGUGGAUACUUUGACAGAGAAGAAUGUUAAUUACACUGUUGAAGCCCAUGGUGUUCUAUGCAGUCGAACCCAGUUUAAUGGUGUUACUAAUGUAUCUUCUCACUGGAUUCGCUCAUGUCUACAGGAUGCACGCUUACUUGAUGUUAGCAGUCACAUUCUCUUCUCUCCACUACAAUGCAAAAUUCCUUUACCUGGAUUUACUGGGCUUCAAUUCUGUGUAUCCCAAUACGAGGAUAAGGAUAAAGAGCUAUUGAGAAACGUGUGCCAUGUUCUUGGAGGAAAAUUGGUCAAACGGCUUACUAAAAAGGUCAACUAUUUAAUAUGCAAAUUCACUGAAGGUCCAAAAUUCGAGGCUGCCCAUGAAUGGGGGAUACAUACAGUUACAAUCGAGUGGCUUUGGGAGUCCAUUAACCAGAACAAAGUUGUUGAUUGGAGUGGAUUUUUGCCAAAAGAAGCUACAGCGAGUGAGCGUGAGGCUGGAAUGUGCACCAUGAGCCAGUAUCCAACUCAGGCGGCUCGAAUGGUUUCUACAGCUGGUGCAUCUCAAUCUCAAUCUCAGGAUCUGAAAACCAUUGAUGGUCAAAGUCAAAAAGAUGAUAACAGAGCAGGAAGCAUAAGGAAGGAGGUGAAAUCUAAAUCUAAGGUUAUGGGGAGUAAAAGAUCAAAGCUUUCUACUGAAAGUGUUACAGAAUCUUCUGGAUUACGUGUCCUAGAUUCUGUCUGCAGGAUUAUCUCUACUACUGAAAAUAAGGCCACUGAAAUUGACUUGGGAGAGGGAGGCGGAGUUUUUAAAUCAGUCCCUGAUGUUGCUGCUGCUAUUGAGGAUUUGUUGGAGCAGACAAGUAAGAUUCACGAUCACAUGUCACCUGAGAGAACACCUGAUAAAAAUGCAUCCGAGCAGGUGUUCACAUCUGAUCUUCAUUCUCAGGAGGAUUCCCAUUCUGCAUUUGGGAUAUCUAAGCACUGGACACGGAGUUCCAGGUCUAAUGAAAAGGAUGACAUUAGCAACCCCCCUGGUGUAAGAGAAAAUACAGGGGGCAUUUAUGGAAAUUUCAGUGAAACACAAACAGAAUCCCAGGUUGUGGGUUAUGAAGAAGAUUUAUCUGGGAGGCAGAUGAUCAUAGACAGAGUUCGCACACGAAGUGGCCUCACACCCAACCCAAUCACUUUCCCUUGACCAAAGAUAAGAGUAAAUUGGUAAAAUGACAUAUGACACCAAGUCACCCAACUAAAUCACUGGUGGCGUUGAAAAAAAAAACAGCACCAAAUAUGUAAAACAAGAUGUUACAGUGUUGAGUACUAGUCAUCAGGGAAAGUGGCCUGUGAUAUUAACCAAGUCUAUUGAACAAGUAGUUAACUUACGGGUUC